AUGGCAUCACUCUCAUCUCACUCUCAUUUUACAUCAGAUUGGAAUUUAAAAUCUCCAGUUCGACAGAGUUGGAAAAUUUUGGACAAGAAAAAGAGAACCAAUGAAUUCUCUAUCUGUCUGUAUUCACUAAUUCUGAGAUUGUUGGUGUUGGACUUUUGCUUCUUAUGGAAAAUUGAAUUUCUGCAUCAAAACACUCUAACCAGCUUCCAGAUUAUGGAAACGGAAAAUUUAACUAAGCAUGCAGGACAACAAUCCCUUAGUCAGGAGUUUCUCCAAGAUCUUGCAACAAGUUUCAGGGUUGAUAUCAAAGAAUUUAGAGAAUGCAGGUGUGCAGAAUUAGAGGGCGUGUUGUUUUCCAAUAACAACAAUGAAGACAGAUGAUUGAAGAAGAUUGAGAGUUAGAUCAUUUAUGUUUUAUUUUGUGGUGUAUUAAUUAUUAUGUAUGGAUGAUGAACAUGAGUUAUUUAUUUU